AUGGUCGAUUUGGUAUAUUUCGAACGUUUCAUCAAAAGUUCAACACCUGACCCUAUGCACUUCCCUUGUAAGACAAGUAACAUAAUUUCAGUUGAUUUUUGAUAGUUUUAUACUAAAAAUCGUGCUCAAAAAGCUUUUUUCACGAAAAAAUGGUUUUUCUUGAAUUUUUCUCACUUUUGGUGUACUUUAUAGAGAUUUUGCUGAUUUCUAAUUUACAGGAUCAUCGUCAGCGAAAUGGUACAAAUCGAGGAACAAGUAUUGGAGCGAAUUUUGGUCAAAUUUCUGAAUUUCGAGGAAAACUGGAGGAAAUGUGAGUUUUUUGGGGGUUUUUAUGCAAAAUUUUUUCAAAAAAUUCAAAUCGCCGUCAUUUUGUAAAAAAAUACAAAGUGCAAUCAUGAUGUUUUUUCAAAAUCUCGUCUUGUCCGAGAGAAAUACACAAAAUGAAAAAAAUAUCGAAAUAUUUUUACGAUAAUUCCAAUUUCCUCCACGAGAACUACACGAGCGUAAGGAAAUUAGCCUAAGUACAAAACAAAAAUCCUAUCAGAAAUUCUAGAAAAAAAUUUUUUCAACAAACUUUUUUAGUAUUUUAAUUAGGCUAAUGUAAAAAAGUGCAUUAAUUAUUAAAGAAUUUUGAGAGAAAAACUUGUCCAAGAGAAGUACACAGAAAAAAUGUAGCAUUUUUUGGCGCGAAAAAAAUCGAAAUUUUCAAAAUUGAUUAAAAAAAACACGCAAAACAACAAUCAAUCAUGUGAUUUAUCUCAAAACAAAGUUUUUUUUUUACAAAAAAAUUUUUUCUAAAGAAAAUAGUGCAAAAACGUCGUACUUUAUGUGAAAAAAUUUUUGAAAAAAUAUUUUUGCGACUUUUUCAAGCUUCUUGAAGAAAAAUAACUUAUUUUCAAAAAAAAAUUAUUUUUUUUCACUAGAAACUAGAAAAAAAAUAAUAAGUCAGCUGUUUUGUGUUGUUUUCAGUAGUGGUGGUAAUCAACUUUUGAAAAGUAUAGAAAAUAUUUUCGCGCGCCAAAAACUACAGUAUCCUAUAUUUUUCGGCGCGAAAACAACGUGGUUUUUAUCAAAAAAAAAAUGUGUGGCAAGAUCAAAGGAGAAAAAAGGGAUGAUUUGUUUUCGAAAUUUCUAGGUCAUAAAUUAGCGCAUUUUUUUCGCGGUGAGAAAAAUGUUUGAUGCCAAAUUUCUACAGUACCUCUAGCUACAGUAUACCCAAAGUCUAGAGACACAUUUAGCUAUAGGUUUUGAGUUACAGUAACUCUACAGUACCCUUAGAUUCGGGCCCAAAUUUUGAUCUAGCCUCUCUAACUGCUCUGCAUCUCUGCACUCUCUAGCCUCUCUAGCCGUCUCUAGCCUCUCUAGCCUCUCUGCACUCUCUAGCCUCUCUGCGCUCUCUAACCCUAAUUCAUCUCUGCACUCUGAAACACCCAAUUUUCUCCCCCAUAAUCCCCAAAAUUCCCCCCAAAAAUUUCACUAACACUGUCCUAAUCUCCUCGAAAAUUUCAGAAUAUUUAGUCUUGACAACAAUUAGCCACAGCAUUCUUCCCACGAAACAAAAUGACUAAAAUCUUUCUGGGGAUAAUAAUCAAAAGCCAGUUUCGCUUCUUCUUCACCGUUUAAAUGACGCAUUUUUUGAACUUGUCGCCUCAUUUCAUCAUCAAAGCGAACAAGCGCAAAAAAAAAACGAAAAAAAAAAGAUUUGCCGUCCGCAGGGUUCGAACCUGCGCCCUCCUGAGAGGACUGCGACCUGAACGCAGCGCCUUAGACCACUCGGCCAGAACGGCUGUAGAGAAACGAAGGGGAAAUGGCCGUGAUAAACAAGGGGGAAAAUGAGAGAGUGCGAGACGAUGAGAGAUGUGUGUUUUUCUUUUUUUUUGUUAGUUGUAGUGGGGGAAAAAGUUGAUUUGUUUUAUUGAAGGGGGAAAUUUUCGAAAAAAAUUUCUUGAAAAACAAUUGUUUUGGCAUUUCAUUAAGGCUUGUUUUCCAGGGCUAAAUUGUGAAAAAUAGUGCAGUUUGGGUUACUGUAGAGCCCCAAAACAAAGCAUUUUUUUGACCAUUUUUAUUUUGACUAGGAGGUCGUGUAUAAUAUAAUAAUAGAAUGGCCUCUUAAAAAUUCUUCCCGUUUUUUUUCCCAGUUUUUUCGUCGAAAACAACACCUUUUUUGAGCAUUUUUUGAGCAUUUUAACUAUAGUUUUUUCGAGUUAAAAAAAAAAUAAUUAUUUCGUCAUCAAAUUUUUUAAUUAUAUUUCUCAUAUUAAAUAAAUAAAUUUCUGAGCGGCGGCUCACAGUUAAUCGAAAAACUUUUUAUAUCAUAUUUCCCAGCGGAAUUUCAUUGCGCACACAGAGAAAAAUUGAAUUUUUCACUUUUUUUGGUGGCACAAAAAUUUUGCGCACUAUUUUUUAAUGUCAAAAUAAUCCUAAGGUCCCAAAUUUCCCCAAUUCCAAAAAAAAUCCAAUUUUUGCACAGCAUUUCCGGUAACUUCCACAACUCGUAAAGGACACAAAUGUCAUAUAUGAAAAUGUAUAUUGGUUUCCGGGUUUUCUGGGUUCAAAAGUUGAUAUUUUUAGUUAGAGUUGGGAAGUCUGGGUUACUGUAGUUUUAUGGGUAGAUCAAAACAUGUUUUUGGCUAUAGGUUCUUGGCUAGUGUAUUUUUUGAACUUUUGAUUUUGCUGCCAAUUUUUAGAAGGUACUGUAGUUUUCCAAACUCACAUUUUUCCCGACCUUCCUCAAAAAUAGCUGAAAAUCGCAAUUUCUAGUCGAUUUUCACAACGUUCCGAAACGCAAUUGGGUGAGAGGAGAGAGAUUCUAGAGAAAGCAUACGUUUUUAGUGGGCAAACGUGCUCAAAUGAUAACCAGAAUUCUACUUUUUCAAACAUUUUCUGAGAGGUCGUUCAAACGUAUUGCCGACAUUUCAAACAAAUGGCCAUGCGCUAUACACAACAUGUACUAUUUUUCUUCUUUUUUUGAGAAAUGAAGCGAGGAGACAAGAGUUCACGCGAAUAAUCAAAUAAUCUCUUCCUCUCACCCUAUUGCAUUUUAUCAUUAGCCUAAAAUGUUGUGUUUUUAAAGGCGCAGCCAGUUUCUUCCACAUUUUUCUCUAGAAAAUAAAAUUCGAAAAUGACUAAUUUUAAAUAUGUGGAUUUUUUGGUGUCACGUGAGAAUUUAGAACACGUGAAAAUUGUUUUUUUUGGAAAUUUCAUAUAUUAUUGGGUGAACAAAAAUAAAAAUUCCGAAUGAAAUUAUGACAAAUUUUUGAAACAGUGAAUUUUUGAGAUGUUUUUAAAAAAUUCAGAACACUUUUUUAAAAUUUCAAUUGUAAGUGCAUCAACAUGCGUACUGGAAUUAAAUUCCAAAAAAAUUUUAUUAUCAAAAUUAUGAAACAGUGAAAAAUCAAUGUAUUUUUUUUUUUGUUUUGGUACACGUUGAAUUCAUCAAAAUUGAAAAUUUCUAAAAAUAAAUAUGAAAUUUUUUUGAAACAGCGAAUUUUUUGAGAAUUUCUUUUGGACAUUUUCAAGGUGAGAUUUGUGAUUUUUUUUUUUAAAUACUGAAAAAAAGAGCAUUAUUCGUAUAAAAAUAAUCGAAAAUUUACAAUUUUUUUAAAACAGUGAAUUUUUUUCUUAAUUUUUGCACCGAAAAUUGUUAGAAAAUAUAUAUUUUCAAGAAACAGAAUUUUACUGUUUCAAAAUUUUGUAUUUUAUUUUUUUUCAAAAUGAAACUGAUCAAUUCGUUGAAUAGAAUUUUUUGAACCAAAUUAGUUUUUUCGAUUUUUAAAAUUAUUUUCAUUACAAAAUUUUCACAUUUUCUUGAAACAGUGAAAUUGUGAGAAAUCAAAGUUUUUCUGAAAAAUUCAUAUUUUUUUUUUGUAAUUUAAAUUGGCGCGAUUUUUUUAAUCUACUGAAAUUGAAUUUCAAAAAAUUUUAUUAUCAAAAAUUUUGAAACAGUAAAAAAAAAAAUUUUUGUUGGGUUAAUAACGAAGCAACAAAUCAAAAUUUAUCAUUUACACCAAAAUUAUGAAAAUUUUUUGAAACAGUGAAAAUUUUGGAAAAUUAAAAUUCUUAUUGAGAGUUAGAUCUCCAUGCCUACUGAAAUUAAAUUUUCAAAAAAUAAAAUUAUCAAAAUUUUGAAACAGUGAAAUUUUUCAUUAACUUUUAAUUCCAAAUCAAUAGAACGGCUUUGAUUCAUCAAAAAAAAAUAUUUCAUGAAAAUUAGUUCAUAAUUUUUUGAAACAGUGAAAAUUUCUAAAAAAAAUUUCCACGUGUCAAAAAAGUUAUCUGCACUGCCUUGUGAUUUUCGCUAACUUUAGCUCGACAUUUCCAAACCGAAACCUGAAAUUAAAUAUUUUUCAGCUUCCCCUUUCAGUUUCCAAAUUUUUUUAUUUCAUUUUUUUUUCAAAAAAAAAAAAAAUUCUUGCCACCUAAUAAAAUUCCACAGACUCUCAUAAAAAUUAUUUUUGUCGCCUUCUAUUUUUAUUUAUUUUUGUGUGCUCUUUUUUGAGCACACAAAUAAAUAAAAGAGAAGGAAAAAUUGCAAAAAAAAAAGUCGAAGAAAGUUUACAUCAGAAGCAAUUACGAUCAGCAGGCAAAAUGAAUAGAGAAAAAGAAGAAGAAGAAGAAGCUUGGGGCCUUCAAACAUACUUUUUUUGUUGUUUUUGGGCCAGGCAUUGAUUUUUUGAUGAGAGUUAGGGGGACUCUGUGCACUUUUGAGAAGUGUUCCGAGCGGCGUAGCCGCGAGUGUAGACCGCAAGCUUCCGCGCAGCGGCACUAUCUUCCGCGAAGCGGCUGGACCUUGGUUUGAACUCAAGCCUAGGCCCAAAUCGUGAACCCGAGCGGCUUUGCCGCGAGUGUAGACCGCAAGCUUCCGCGAAGCGGCUGGGCCUUGGUUUGAACUCAAGCCUUGUCCCAAAUCGUGAGCCCAAGCGGCUCCGCCGCGAGUGUGGACCGCAAGCUUCCGCGCAGCGGCCGGGCCUAAGCUUCAACCUAAGCCUAAGCCUGACUUCUGAGCCCGAGCCUAUCUCUAGGCUCGGGAUAACCCUUAAGCCGUGUACUCCUAAAAGGGUGUUCCUAGAAGUAAAUUAGUUGCUUGUUGAUUUUUUCUGACGUCAUGAAUGAGAAAAUUAGAUGUGAACUCUUCUUUUUUUCUUGAGAGCUCAAUUUGGAUUUGAGCUCGGAUUUUUGAGCUGGAAUUUUCAGAUUUUCAGAAUUUUGAGCUGAAAAAUAUAAGGUGUUUUAGGAUUUUUCCUCGAAUUAUUCAUAGCAGUUUUUGAGCUGACUGAAUUUUUGAUGGAACUUUAUGAUUCUUGAAAAACAUUUUGAAUAUCUAGAGAUAAUCUAGAGCUUGAAUUUUUCGAGCUGAAAAUUUUAGAAGACUUGGAUUUGUGGAUUUUUCCAGGUUUAAGCUCAGGAGUAUAAUUUUUUGAACUAUGAACUUUAUUAAACAAUCAAUCGGUUACAGAAAUUUCAUCCGAAAAUUUUUGAAGUUUUUCUCGACUUAAAUUUAAAAAAAAAAAAAAUCUUGACGUUUCAAAAUUCCAAAAAAUAAUUUUUUUCACGUGACCCACUUUUUUGCCAACACAUUUUUUCCGCGAAAAAAUGUGGCUUCCUCAUUUUUUGAAUUUAUUUUAAUUUCUAAUCAGCUGAAUUUUAAAAAUUUGGGAAAAGUGAGUUAAAUUUAGAAAUUUUAGACUAGCAACUCUCAGAAAAUUCCAGAAAAUUUUGGAUCUUGAAUAUGAAGAUGAAGCUAAAAAUUAAUUUUUGAAUUUGGGAUUUGAGUGAGUUUUUUCUAGGGAUUUUGAAAAUUUUGCUCCACAGGGAUUUUAGAUCUAGAAAAAAUCUGCUAGAACUUAGGCUAACUUCCAAAUCAGCUAUGCAAAAAAUAUUAAAUUUAUCAAAAAAAAAGUUUCUAAAGCCAAAAUUUUGUUGCCAUAUGGAUUCUAGAGCUCAGAACUUUUAUUUGGAACUUCUAGAAAGAUCAGAAAAUCCAUCUAAAACUUCUAGAAGUUCUGGAAAAUCAGAAUUUCCAUCUAAAAUCUAUGAAAAUUCAGAUCUUCCAGAAAUCCACGUAGAUCCACAAAUCAGUUUACUUAGGCUAACUCAAAUGAACUAGGCUUAUCAGAAAAGGUUCCCAAAUUUCUGAAAACUGUUUGAAAAUCCUCCUGGACUUAGGCUAACUUCAAUAUUCGAUAUAUAAUUUCUGGAAAUUUAGAAAAUCCUUCUAAUUUUUCUGCAAAUUCAUGUGGACUUAGGCUAACUUCCAAAACCAGCUAUACAAGUUCCCAAAUCAAAUCUCUCCCCAAAAAAAUCUCCGCCUCAAGCACAUUGAACUUUGUCCCUAAUAUAAAAGUUUGUGUCCGCCUAUUCUUUUUGCUACUUUUUUUCCUCCAAAAGCUCCAGAAACACAAAAAAAAAAAAACAUUUUGCUUGCUUUUGUCUCAUAAAAACUAUAAACAUAUACACAUUUUUAUGAUUUUUGCCUGGCACUUUUUUUCGAAAAAAAAAACAUUUUUGAGCACUUUUUUGCAUGAGAUUUUUGACGUAGGUAUCUUGAUGUAUUUUUGGAGUUCCCGGAAGUUCAGAAGAGUUGACACAGAAAAUUUUUGAUCUGAGUUAGGCUAAGUCUUUUAUAAAAGUGACGUUAUAAGUCCAUAAAUGAGAAAUAAAAAUGAAAAGUUCAGUGGAGCGUACUUGAUUUUAGUUUUGAUUGGUUUUUAGGUUGGAAAGUCUGGAGUUAGGUUAAGUUGAGAAACUGAACUUUGCUGUUUGGAAAUUCUGGAUUUUUUGAGUUACAGUACUCUUGGACCUAUUUUUUCCGAGUUCAAAAUUUGGAUUUUCUUGGCAUCUACAGUAGUCUAUUAGUUUUUGGUACGUUUUGGACUCUACAGUAACCCUUGUUCAUAAUUCUAGAAAACCUACAGUAACCAAGAGGUUCUGAACUACAGUACUCUAGAUUUUUUGCCGAGCUUUCGAGCCAAAAAUGUGAUUCUACAGUAAUCCAAACAAGUUUUCCUACAUUUUUGAUCAAUUAUUGUCAUGCUCUAGACAAUCUAAAGUAACCUACAGUAAUCCAACCUUUUUUUCUAAAUUUUUGAUCACAUUUUUCCUCUUUUUUCUUCCCCCACCUCUCGUCAUUUUACCCAUAAUUUUUCUCAAAAAAAUUUUUUUUCGCUCACAAAAAUUUUUAUUGCUCGUCAGUCAAAAAAAUACGUUUUCCGCGUUUUUUCGUGUGCUCAAAGCUAAUUUAUAUUCAUUAUUUACUACCCAAAAAAACCAGGCGUCGAAAUAACAAAAAAAAAUUUUGAACAAAAAUUUUUCUAAAGGGACAUUGCUCAUGUUAUGCUGAUCAAGAAGCUCAAAGCUCCACUGAUUUUCACAGAAUUUUGAUCAGCUCGGUGAGCAUUGCUCAGGUUAAUCUUUUUUUCUAGUUAGACAUUUGAGACACUUACAUUUCCUAGUGAAUUAUUUAUUUGAUACAAUUUCCGACGAUUAAUCGACCUACAUCACUAUUUUCCGAGAGAAAUACACGGAAAAAACUUUUUUUUUGAGAUUUUUUUUGAUACCUGAAAAAUAAAGAGUCAUAGGUUUUUGGUGAGAUACUACAAAUUCACAUUUUUGAGACGGGAAAUAAAUCAAAAAACUUUUUUUUUGUGAAAAAAAUUUUUUGGCGCCUAAUUUUUCUCCACACAACACCUGUUGGAAAAGAUUGGUCAGAUAGAUUAGAGCAAAUUUUUUUUGAUACGAAACAUUUUUGAAUUUUUGAUUUUGGCGCCUGAAAUUUGAAAAAGGUACUGUAGAAAAGUUCAUCUAGAAGUUUCAUCAGAAAUUUCUGAUCACAAAAAUUUUGAAGUUCAGAAAUCUUUUUAAAAAAAUUUGACCUUUAAAUUUGAACCCAGAUGUUCCAGAUUCCAGAUUUAUUAUUUUGUUUUUGAAAAAACUGAAACCUGAAAUAUUUUCCAGAUUUAUCAGCUUGGAAAUGUUAUUCUGGUAUUUUUUUCGCAUUCGAAUUUCGGGAAAAAAGUUCCAAAGUAGUUGGAACUUUUUUCCAGGAAAUUAGAAAAGUUCUCGAGUUUUCUUGGAACUUUUUUGUGUUUAGCUCUUAGUUUUCAUUGAAAUUAGGGUUUUAAACUGAAAAUCUGGAAUUUCAGCUUGGAAUUGAAAGUAACAAAAAUGACUAAUUAUCAAUUAGAAAUCAGAAUUUUUGUUUGAAAAAAAAUUUGAAACCUAAAAAAUGCGGGAAAAAUUGAUGAUUUAGAAAAAAUGUGAAACAGUGAACUUUUUGGAGUGAAAAUUGAAAUUUAAAAAUAAAUUUGUAGCUGCCACGUAUGUCUCUGCGUCUCUAGCCUCUCUAACCUCUCUAGCCUCUCUCUGCGUCUCUAGCCUCUCUCUAGCCUCUCUGCGUCUCUAGCUUCUCUAGCCAUCUCUAGCCUCUCUAGCCUCUCUAGCCUCUCUAGCCUCUCUAGCCUCUCUAGCCUCUCUAGCCUCUCUAGCCUCUCUAGCCUCUCUAGCCUCUCUAGCCUCUCUAGCCUCUCUAGCUUCUCUAGCCUCUCUGCGUCUCUAGCUUCUCCAGAUUUCCUCUAACUUCCCCAAAAUUCGUCACCUCCCAGUUUUCAAAAAAAAAAGCAAUUUCAUUUAAUCCCGUUGAAAUGUGUCAACUUUGUCUGACUCGUUCCAAAUUUUUUUUUCUCAAAAAUUAAUUUCAGAUCUUCCCCUGACUUUCAGACUUUUUUGACAUUUUUUUUCUGAUCAGCAGAAAGAAAAGGGGCGGAGCUUGAGCACAUUUUGAGCACAUUUUUUUCUCUUGGCGAGCUCAGGAGAAAAAUGUGUGUGUGUACUUUUUUCGGUGACUAAAAUUUUUGCUUGUCAACUUUUUUUCUGAAAAAAAAUAUUCAUUUUACUUUUGCUUUAUUUUUCCCUGGAGAAAAUUUUGUGAACUUUUCUAACUAGAAACAUUUUUGGAGCACAACCUUUUGGAGCUGAGCCUAACACAAUUUAGAUUUGAGCAUUUUUUGGUCUGAAAUAAAAUUGUCUGAAAUUGGUAUUGGCACACACAAAAAAGACUUCCGGCGCUGGGUUUUUUACUUUUUUUCGGGUGAAAAUUUUUUAUGACGUGGAUUUUUUUGGCUCAGAAUUGAGUUAGGAUAAGUUGUAAUUUGAUAGCUGGAUGGGAUUUUUUGAAAAUAAUUUUGAAAUUUUGCGCCAUUUUUUUCAGAAUCCUGAAGUUUGAAAUUUGAAUUUUCGAAUUUGGCGCGAAAAUUUCCGAUUUCAAAUCUCAUCCCAAAAAUUUUGAGAAUUUGAAUUCGAAAUUUCUCGCGCUAAUUUUUUAUCGCAAGAUUUUUUGGCGCGAAAAUUCCGAUUUUAAAAAUUUUAGCGCCAAAAAAUUCUGAACUUCAAAAAAAUUAUUCCAAGUUUUCUGACUCAAAAAAGUCCAAAAAAAAUUUUUCUCCAAAAAAUCCCAAACUCAAACAGAUCCGGGAUCCGGAUCCGGUGUCCUUUUCUCCCCCAAAAAAAAAAAUUUUUUUCUCAUUUUCCCCCCAAAAAAAUGUUUUUCUGCUCAUUUUUUGUGAGUUUUCUCAUAAAUUUAUCAAUAAUUCAUCAAUGAAUCAAGAUUUUUCUCAAGAUUUUUGAUGACUCUCUUUUUUUUUGGCUCCGAAAAAAAAUUUCAAGUUUUUUUUCAGAAUGCGACAAAAAUUAGGCAUAUUUUAUUGGCUUUGGAUAUUUUCAAUAUUGGAAAUCGGGAAAUCGGAAAUUUUGAUCGAUAAUGAUUAUAAUUUGAGUGAGGAUCCGAUGACUGUGAUGCAAGAAAAAUCGAUGGCAAAAAUGCAGAAAAUGAGGAAGAAUUGUACGAGACAACCAGAGAUUAUUGAUAAAUUGUUGAAUGGAACUGGAUAUAAUAAAUUUCGGAUACCAAGUGGGUUUUUUGGGGGAGGUUUAGGAAUUUUGUAAAAGUCUGUUAUUAAGAAUCCAAAUCUCACUAUUGGUUUUGUUAAUUUCUUGAAACAGUGAAUAUUUUGUUAAUAUCAAAAACAUUAAAUAAUUUUUAAUUAUGAAAUUUUGAAACAGUUAUUUUUUCGUGAAAAUCACCUGAAAAUUAUAAUUUUAUCCCUAGUUUAAAAUUUUUACAAAUAAUUGAUCAAAAUUAGAAAUUUGAAUUAAUGAUUUUUGAAACAGUGAAGUUUUUUAAGACAUUUUGUUUAGCUUUCAACUAAAAUUUCAAUCAAAAAUAUUGGAAAUAAUUUUUACUUAUGAAAUUUUUGAAACAGUUAUUUUUUCUUGUGAAAAAACACCUGAAAAUUAUAAUUUUAUCCCUAGUUUAAAAUUUUUACAAAUAAUUGAUCAAAAUUAGGAAAUUCUGAAUUAAUGAUUUUUUGAAACAGUGAAUUUUUUAUCUUGAAAAAAAAAUUCAUAUGAAUUAUUCAACCCUCCAUCAAAAAUAUUGGAAAUAAUUUUUAUUUUCGAGUUUUUUUUUGAAACAGUAGAUUUUUUCCUAACAAUGAUGAUGCUGGUCAACAAUUUUUUUAUUCAUUUUUUUACUUGAACAAUUUUUGAAACAGUAGUUUUUUUCUCGACCAAAAACUAGCUUCGAAUUGUUUUUUUAACCCUGCUCUUUAGUUGGAAACUCUUUGAAACAGCAGAUUUUAUAUGUUUUUUUUCUUACUGAAUUUGAAAUUUGUGGAAAGACCAGAAACUUAGCGGAAUUAUCAAGUUUAUAGAUUCUUAAAUUUUGUUCAUGGGUUUCUGAAACAGUAGAUUUUUUUCUAGUCAUUGAAUGGAAUAUUUUUUUCCUGUAUAUUAUUCUAGAAAUUUGUUUCAUUUCUCAAGAAAGUUUUGUGAAACAGUGGAGUUUUUCAUAAAGAAAAAAUGAAAAAUUUUGGUGAAUAUCAGAUUGUUAAAACUAAGAUAAAUACAUUUUUUGAAAUAAUACAUUGUUUCCAUUAAUUUUUUUGACUAUUCACCAAUUUUUUUCAGAUAUUUUUGAAACAGUGGAAUUUUCUCAAAAAAUGGAAGAUUCAAAAUUUUUUGAAAUCUGAAACAUAAAUUAGAAAUACAUUUUUUAAACGUAAUUUUUUGGGAAUUUUUCCAAGCAUUCUUCAGAUUCUCCAUCAGCUUUCACUGUAAUUCGAACUCAGAUUCAAAAUUGGAGGAACAAUUAGCUUAUUUUUGAAACAGUAGAAUUUUUGUCUAGAAAAUUUGAAAUUUGUUUUUUUUAAAUUAUUUUUAAAACAAAAAUUAAAAGUUAAAUUAAAUUUUUAAAACAGUAUAUUUUUUUCAGAAGAAAAUCUAGUAUUAUCAGCCUUUUCUUUCUCAAUUUUCAUAUCAAAAUUUUUUGAAACCUAUAUUUUUCGGGAUUACUUUAGACCCUUUUUGUCCAAAAAAUUUAAAAACUUUGACAUUUCUAAAGUUCACCACCUCCUAUUUCUCUAUUUUUUCCAAGAUUUUCGAUUUGUGCCGGAUUUCCUGAAACUCCGGAAAUAUCUGAACUUUGAUGUAAAAUGUUUCUAUUUUUCUGCGAACAAUUUUAAAAGGGAACGAACGAAAAAAAACAUCAUAAAUUGUUUGGGAACAAAAAAUUGUUUGACAAAUCGAAAAAUUACGAAACAUUCUCUUUUUAAUCCCACCACCCAGCAAGUAGAGAAAAAAGAACACUUUUUAUGGAAAAAGUAUACGAAAAAAGAGCAAAAAGGGGAAGUUUGGUUGAAUGAUUGGAAAUAGGCAAAAUUUGGGGGAUUUUUGAAAAUUCUAGGGUUUUCUGAUGAAAAAAAUGAUUGAAAAUUUUUUUACUGUUUCAGAAAAUACUGAUUAAUUAUGUGGAAUUUGAGGAAAUCAUUUUACGCAUGUCUCAUAAGAAAAAUAUUCAAAAAAUGUUUUUUUGAGAAAUUCACUGUUUCAACAAAAUUUUAUAAAAUAUGUGGAAUUGGAAAAAUGAUUCAUAUUUUACCUCAAAGCUUUUCGAAAUUUCACUAUUUCAAAAAUAGUUGAUAAAAAUUAUGGAAAAUUAUUUAAAAAAAUUGUGUGUUUUUUUGAUAAAGUUGCUGAGUACUUCGUGAGUUCGAAAAAUCUCACUGUUUCAAAAUUUAUCGAUAAAAAAUCUGUAGAUUCAAAAAAUGAUUGUUUUUCCAAUAAGAUAACAAUAUCCAAAUUUUGGUUCGAAAAAUUUCACUGUUUCAAAAUUUUUUGAUAAUGUUUUGGGAAUUGUAUUUUGUAGUCGGGUGAUCCUCGGAAUUGGGUAUUUCAUUUUGUUGAAGAUUUGGCGAUUUGUGAAUUUCAUAAAUGCGAAAAUUUUGCACUGUUUCAAAAUUUAUUGAUAAUCACAAGAAUAAUGACUUUCGUAUUCAUUUUUGAAAGUUUUUGAUGGAAUUUUUGAAUACUUGAAUGCGAAAUUUUUCACUGUUUCAAAAUUUGUUGAUAUAAAUUCUGGAAGUUUCCAGAAAUGAUUAUACCGAUGAAAAAACACAAUUACAUUUUUGCAAAAAAACUCACUGUUUCAAAGAACAUCGAAAUUUUUUGGGGAAAUUAGAAAAAAAUUUUUUGUUUGCAUUAGCGAAAAAAAACAAAUUUCUGGUUUUGUUUUGAAAAAAAUUCACUGUUUCAAAAAUUUUUGAUAAUGUUCUGGAGUUUUCAUUUUUUGCUCCAUUUAGUUCUAUAUUGGGUAGUUCAUUUAAAAGAAAUUUUUUGUGAAUUUCAAACGGGGGAAUUUUCACUGUUUCAAAAUUUAUUGAUAAAAAAUCUGUAGAUCCAAAAAAAUGAUGGCAUCCCAAUUAAAAGAAAUUAUCCAAAUUUCGGUUCGAAAAAUUUCACUGUUUCAAAAUUUUUUGAUAACAUUUUGGGAAUUUUAUUUUGUGGUCUGACUGUAAAUCUAAGAAUUUUGACAAUUUAUGAGUUUCAUGAAUGCGAAAUUUUUCACUGUUUCAAAAUUUGUUGAUAUAAAUUCUGUAAGUUCCCAAAAAUGAUUAUAUCGAUGUAAAAUCACGAUUACAUUUUUGCAAAAAAAAAUUCACUGUUUCAAAGAAAAUUCAAAUUUUUUGGGGAAAUUAGAAAAAAACGAUAGUUUUCAUUAGCGAAAAAAUAAAUUUCUGAUUUUGUUUUGAAAAAUUUCACUGUUUCAAAGUUUUUUGAUAACUUUUUGAAGUUUUCAUUUUUUGCUGCGUGAUUCUAUUGGGUACUUCAUUUAUAAAAAAGUUUUUGUGAAUUUCAUACGGGAUAAUUUUCACUGUUUCAAAAUGUAUUGAUAAAUUAUGCAAAGUUAGGAAAUAUUAUUCAUGUCAAUUAUUAAUUGUAAUUUUCGUGUAAAAAACCAAGAUUCAAAUUUGAAAAAAAAAUCACUGUUUCAAAGAACAUUGAAACUUUCUGGGGAAAUUAGAAAAAAACGAUCAUUUUCGUUUUCAUUGUCGUAAAAAAAAACAAAUUUCUGGUUUUGUUUUGAAAAAUUUCACUGUUUCAAAGAAAUUUGAUAAUUCAUGUGGAAUUAGAAAAACAAUUGUUUUUUCAUUGAACAAAAUAAGAAAAAAAGUUCAAAUUUUGGUUCGAAAAUUUCACUGUUUCAAAAUUUAUUGAUAAUAUUUCGGAGUUUUCAUUUUUUGCUGUAUUAUUCUAUUGGGUACUUCAUUUAGAAGAAAGUUUUUGUGAAUUUCAUACGGGAUAAUUUUCACUGUUUCAAAAUGUAUUGAUAAAAAAUCUGUAGAUCCAAAAAAAUGAUGGCAUCCCACUUAAAAGAAAUUAUUCAAAUUUCGGUUCGAAAAAUUUCACUGUUUCAAAUUUUUUUGAUAACAUUUUGGGAAUUUAAUUUUGUGGUCUGACUGUAAAUCUAAGAAUUUUGACAAUUUAUGAAUUUCAUGAAUGCGAAAUUGUUUACUGUUUCAAAAUUUGUUGAUAUAAAUUCUGUAAGUUUCCAGAAAUGAUUAUACCGAUGAAAAAAAAACACAACUCCAAUUUUGCAAAAAAUUCACUGUUUCAAAGAAAAUUCAAAUUUUUCGGGGAAAUUAGAAAAAAACGAUAGUUUUCUUUAGCGAAAAAAAUAAAUUUCUGAUUUUGUUUUGAAAAAUUAGAAAAACAAUUGUUUUCUUUGUUUGAACAAAAUCAGAAAAAAAUUUUUUAAAUUUUUGGUUCGAAAAAUUUCACUGUUUCAAAAAUUUUUUAUAAUAUUUUGGAGUUUUCACUUUUUGCUCGAUCCAUAGUAGUGGUUAUAUUGGGUAGUUCAUUUAGAAGAAAGUUUUUGUGAAUUUCAUACGGGAUAAUUUUCACUGUUUCAAAAUUUAUUGAUACAUUAUGCAAAGUUAGGAAAAAUUAUUCAUGUCAAUUAUUAAUUGUAAUUUUCGUGUAAAAAACCAAGAUUCAAAUUUAAAAAAAAAAUCACUGUUUAAAAAUUUGAUUAUAUAAAUUCUGAAAAUUUUGAAAAAGUGAUAGACCUUUCAUAUUCGAUUUUCUCUAUAGGAUAUUUCUGAAACCUUUUUAGUUAAAAAAAGCUUCAAAUUUUGUUUUUCAAAAUUUCACUGUUUCAAAAAUAGUUUAUAAAAAUGUUAAGAAAUUACAAAAAUUUUUUGUUUUUUUAUGGAGUUGUUGAGUACUUCGUGAGUUCGAAAAAUCUCACUGUUUCAAAAUAUUUUGAUAACGUUUUUUUUGUUGAGAAUUUUAUUCAGUGGUUUGUUGAGUUUUAAUUCUCAGAAUUGGGUAUUUCAUUUUAUUGAAGAUUUGACAAUUUUAGAAUUUCAUGAAUGCGAAAUUUUUCACUGUUUCAAAAUUUGUUGAUAUAAAUUCUGUAAGUUUCCGAAAAUGAUUAUACCGAUGAAAAAAUACAACUCCAAUUUUGCAAAAAAAAAUUCACUGUUUCAAUAAUAUAUUGAUGAUUCAUGUGGAAUUAGAUUGUGUUUUUUGUGUUUUUCUUUGAACAAAAUGAGAAAAAAAAGUUCAAAUUUUGGUUCAAAAAAAUUUCACUGUUUCAAAAAUUUUUGAUAAUGUUUUGGAGUUUUCAUUUUUUCCGAUCCAUAGUGGUUAUGUUGGUAUUUCAUUUAGAAGAAAGUUUUUGUGAAUUUCAUAGGCGAGAAUUUUCACUGUUUCAAAAUUUAUUGAUAAAUUAUGCAAAGUUAGGAAAAAUGAUUCAUGUCAAUUAUUAAUUGUAAUUUUCGUGUAAAAAACCAAGAUUCAAAUUAAAAAAAAAUUCACUGUUUCAAAAUUUGAUGAUAUAAAUUCUGAAAAUUUGGAAAAGUGAUAGUCCAACUUCUCUUCUAUUUCUAUAGGAUAUUUCUGAAAUCUUUUUAAUUGAGAAAAAAAUAUAAAAAUUUCACUGUUUCAAAAAACUAAUAAGAAAUUUCAAACAAUUUUGGAAAUAUUGCCAUUUUUCGCAUUAGCUUUUUGAACAAAAUAUGUUUCAAAAAGUAGAUUUAGCAACAGAACCGCAUUUGAAAAAAAGACAUUUCACAAUAUUUUUGCAGACGACGGUGUCGAAGUGACAGUAGACUUCUGGAUUCAAGCAAUCACUUUCAAUCAACGAAAUCACAAAUGA